CUUAUGUUGCUGCUCCGGAUACCCUCCUUCCCAUUACCCAGUAGCCAUGUUCCGCAACUCCUCACUCCGUACGGCGCGCGUAGUGCGCGGCGCCGCCAAGCGCCGUCUCCAUCUCGAGUCCAACUCGGGCGCCGACCUCCUGUCCAAGUAUGUCCCUGGGGCUCGUGUUACUGCGGAAAGCUCGACCGCUGGUGUGCCGAUCCGCCUCCUCGCGUCACGCCACCUCAAUGUGCCCGUCUUUGAGGCCGAGAAGGACGGCAAGCCCUUCGUCCUCCCUCUUGACAUCACCUCCGCGAGCCUGCCAGCUGGGACGAACGCGUGGCUUAGCGACCUCGGCUUCCAGGCUGCGGACCGCGAGGCGACGGCCAAGGCGCUGCAGGGUGUGUGGGACGCAUGGCGCAGCAACGGCCUCCUCCGCGUGUCGGGCAAGCUCGACUCGAACGGGCACGGCACGGAGCUGACCGGCAUCAAGAUCAUUGCCGACGACUUCGCUCUCAACAAGUACCCCGCCAACCGGGCGCUCGGGGACGAGGGCCGCGUGCACCCCCUCGAGAGGACGGCGGCCGAGGGCAGCCUGUUCUACCACAAGAACCGGAGUGGCGGCAACAUCGCAUGCUACGGCUACGGCGCCGGUAUCGCCAUGAGCACGAUGGACGCGCUCGUGGCUGCCGGCGGGAAGCCCGCCAACUUCCUCGACGGCGGUGGUGGCGCUACCGUCGCCAACGUCCGUGCCGCCAUGAGCGUCAUCAUGAACGACCCGGACGCAAAGGUCAUCUUUGUCAACUCGUUCGGCGGCAUCACCAAGAUGGACCUGAUCGCUGAGGAGAUGGUCAAGUACAUCAAUGAAUGGCGUGCCGAGGGGAAGCACGUGCCCCGCAUCGUCGCCCGUCUCCGCGGAACUGGCGAGGAGAGCGCGCGGGAGAUCCUUAAGAAGGCCGCAAUCCCCGAGAUCGAGUACUUCUCCGACCUGCGCCCCGCUGCCGCCGAAGCAGUCCGCCUCGCGGGGGGGGCCAAGCCCGCUGAGACCAGUGCGGCCGCUGCAGCGGCCGCCGCCGCCGCCGUUCCCGUGACGUUCUCGCGUGACGGGCAGUACGAGCAGACACUUCGCAACCUCACGGUGCAGAAGGGCGACCCCGUGAUGGUCCUCGGCAUGGGCAAGGCGUCGCAGGCCAACAACCUCAUCUCCAAGAACUACGGCACCAACAUUGUCGGCGCCGUGGCGCCCAAGAAGGGCGGGCAGGAGAUGCUCGGCACACCUGUCUUCAACACGGUCAAGGAAGGCGUGGCGGCGCUCAAGCCGCGCAUCGCGUCCGUCUUCGUGCCCCCUGUCGCGGCGGCCGACGCCAUCAUCGAGUGCAUCGAAGCCGAGAUCCCCCUAGUCGUCGCGUACGCCGAGGGUAUUCCCACGCAGGAGCAGCUGAAGGUGCAGCGCGCCCUGCGCUCGCAGAACAAGACUCGCGUCGUUGGCGCCAACUGCCCCGGCGUCAUCUUCCCGCACGAGCGCGUCAAGCUCGGCAUUCAGCCGCUGCACGUGCACUCGCCGGGAUGCGUCGGCAUUGCGACGCGCUCGGGUACGAUCUCAUACGAACUCGCGGCGCAAACGACCGCGCUCGGCCUCGGCCAGAGCGCAGUGUACGGCCUCGGCGGUGACCCGUUCCCGUCUACGCGCACAUGGGAAGCCCUCCAGCUCAUUCUGGAAGACCCCAAAGCCAAGUUCGGCGUGCUUGUCGGCGAGGUCGGCGGACAGAUGGAGGAGGAGGCUGCUCAGGUGUACCUCGACUACUUGGCGAACUUGAAGCCAGGGGAGGUGGCUAAGCCGAUUGUGGGCUUCGUUGCGGGCGCCGCGACUGAGCGUGGCCUCAUGUACGGGCAUGCGGGCGCGGUCUGGUGGGAGCAGAGCGAAACGGCUGUCGCCAAGCGCCAGGUCUGGCGGGAUGCGGGCUUCAUCAUGGCCGACACCCUCGGCGACCUCGGGCCGCUCAUCAAGGAGACCGCGGACAAGUUGGGUCUGUAACGUUCUGGGUUUAUGUUGUUAGCUUAGCAUCAAUGCACGGUUGGAUAUAGUGUG